AUGGCCUACAUCUUGACAUUCAUUCUCUUGCUACAAGUCCCACUCGAUAGCCCUAAAAGGAUCCUUAGGCCCGAUAUCUAUGGCUAUUCCAUAGAACCCUCUUCUGUUGAUCCGUAUAUCCAGAGCAACUUGACCUCAAACAUAUUGAAGAACAUUGCCGAGAUUAUUGGGAAACCGGCACCGAUCAGAGUCGGAGGUAAUAUCGCAGAUCAGACGCAAUUCGAGCCCAGUUUGGGAACGCCGUCAUCUGCUCUGCCGAAUGACACCAAAGUGGAAGUUUUCCGUAUUCGCAAAGACUGGUUCGCCGGCUGGAGAGAUUAUUUCCCAAGCAGAACAGAUUUUGUUUACACGCUGAACCUACGUAACACUACUGGCUCUUGGUCAACUGCGAUGAAAGAAGCCGAAGCAGCGGUCCACGUUCUUGGCGAGUCCCUCUCCUUCUUCGAGCUUGGCAAUGAGAUCGAUCACUACAUCUCCAAAGGCUGGCGUAAACCGGGUUGGGACACAAAGCAAUAUACUCGCCAGUGGUACCAGCUCACCGAUCAAAUCCUGUCGUCCGCGUUCUACAAGCAAGCGAAGCGGAAGCCGCACUUUCAAGCAGCGGUAUUUGCAGAUCCACCAUGGGUCCCGGAUCAGCAGGACGAGGUCGACGAUUUUGAUAUUAUCAAUGUAACUCGUGCUGGACUGGUUGAUCCUAGCAUUAUUCAAACCUACGCAGUUCACCUCUACCCUCAGUCGACGUGCGACGCAGCACGUGAGAGCCGACUCUCUCUCGAUUUGCUUUCAGAUCACCAAGUCGUUUGGACCAAUCUUUCCCAAUAUAUCCCACAAGAGGCCGCCGCUCGAGCGGCUAACAGUUCACUUGUGCUCGGCGAGACUAAUUCUGCUUCAUGCAGUGGAAGGAGUGGCAUCAGCGACACUUUUGGUGCUGCUUUGUGGGGAACAGAUCUGGUCCUAACAGCAGCGAGCAUCGGUAUCGAGCAGGUGUUUUUCCAUCUGGGUCACCAGAGUGAAUAUUCAGCAUUCACCCCAUUGCCCUACAACUAUAAGGGUGAGGACCUUUCCGCCGGGAUCAGAGCGAACUUUUACUCGCACUUUUUCCUCGCACAUAUCUUAGCGGGCAACAAUGGGCGGCCUUGGGAAAUAGCCGCUUUGCCAGCCGCAAAUGCUUCCGAUUUCAGUGGCUAUUCCAUAUUUUCAGGCGAACAACAAUUAAAUCUCGAGAAGCUCGUGUUUAUAGAUUUGGGAGUAUGGAACUCCACCCAUGGGUUGCAUAACCCCUCGACUUUGUCCGUGACAGACUCUAAUUUUGCCUCUUCUGGUACCCGACCUCAGCGAAAAGUGCAGAUAGAUACCCCUUGGAAACCAGGAACAAGGAUAGAAAUCGUGAAGCUCCAGGGCCCUGGCACUAAUGCCAAGAGCGACGUUAACGUUUCGGGUGUCAGCCUGGAUUCCAGGACAGGUAAUUUGCGAGGUCAAACAAAAAGGGAAGAAGGAAUUGUUCAAAAUGGUGGUCUCGUGCAGAUCGAGCUUCUUCAGGCAGAGGCAAUGUUGAUACAGAAGGCUUAG